AUGUCGGUCCAAGACAUGAUCGUGGUGAUAGGGAACAAGACUAUGUUAUGCAACGAUCCCCGCCGCAUACCAAACAAGAAUCUCUGGUUUCAUGGCAACCCUUUGGAAUCCCCUACAUCUCUUCUGUUGCUGCAGCUCUCUGCCAUUUCCAUAGUCUCGCAGCUAAUCGAUCUCUGCCUAAAGCCGCUCGGGCAGUCGACCAUUGUAUCACAGAUUUUUGCUGGUAUGGUAUUUGGGCCAUCCCUUCUAGGGCAUAAAAAGAUAAUGGCAUCAAGUUUGUUCCCGGCAAGAGGGAGCAUGGUGAUUGAAACAGUGGCAACGUACGGCCUCAUGUACUACCUGUUUUUAAUGGGAGUUCGGUCGGAUUCUACGAUGAUGAUGCGGCCAGGACGACAGGGCUUGAUCAUUGGAUUUUCAGUUUUCUUUUUCACAUUUGUACUCUGCGGUUUAGCAACCUUCAUUUUAGUGAAAUCGCUACCUAUGGAAGCCAGUAUAUCACACUCCAUCUUCUUUGUGGCCGGGGCACAGACUUUAACAGGAUUUCCGGUCAUCUCUUCCCUUCUCAGGGAGCUCAAGAUGCUAAACACCGACAUCGGCCACCUAGCACUCUCUUCAUCAAUGUUUUGUGAUGUACUUGGUAUUUCCAUGACAGCGGUUGCUUUGUCCAUAAUGGGACCCAAGACCAGCGGCCCACUAACACCGUUGUACUCAAUUUUAUCAUCGGUUGCACUUGUGGCUACCAUUGUAUAUGUCUUCCGGCCAGCAAUACUAUGGAUGUUAAACCGUGCACCAAAAGGGAGACCCAUGAACGAGAUGUUAAUUCUUAGCAUCUUUGUUUUGGUUCCCUUAACAGGGUUCAUGAGUGAAACCAUCGGCCAACAUUAUGUUUUCGGGCCAUUAAUUCUGGGUUUGGCUGUUCCAGACGGGCCGCCGCUCGGAGUUGCGUUGGUAACAAAACUUGAUACUUUUGCGUCCGGGUUGUUCUACCCGACCUACCUCGCAAUUAGCGGGCUGCGAACGAACAUCUUCAAGAUUCAUUUCCAGGGCCUAGGGGUGGUGGGCAUUGUUGUUUUCUUCUCUUGCUUGGUCAAGAUUGGCUCAGUUAUGGUUCCAGCCGUCUACAGUGAUGUUCCUGUACGAGAAGCUUUCGUGCUUGGGCUUAUUAUUAACGCCAGAGGCAUCGUGGAGCUUAUGGUUUUCAACUUGUGGAGGGACACCAUGGUUCUGACGGAUGAAGGAUUUGCUCUGUCGGUGAUCUCAGUGAUAAUGGUAACUGCAAUCAUAACGCCAUUGAUAAGAAUCCUCCACGAUCCUUCAAGGCAAUUCAUUGCAAUCAAGAGAAGUACCAUCCAACAUACGAAGCGCGAGGCAGACCUCCGAAUCUUAGUCUGCAUCCACAAUCAAGACAAUGUUUCUAUGAUCGUAAACCUCCUUGAAGUUUCCGGUGCUACCGAAGAGAGCAAGAUCGCAGUAAUCGCACUUAUCCUCGUUGAGCUUGUGGGUAGAAGCGUUCCGGUUCUUGUUGCCCAUCAACCUCAUUCAGCCCUUCCAACAAGCACAUCAUCGACAAGUCGAAUUAUCAACGCCUUAAGACAGUUCGAGAAUCAGAAUGAGGGCUUCGUCACCGUCGAACCCUUCACUUCCAUCUCACCCUUCGAAACAAUGCACAGUGACGUCUGUCGGGUAGCAGUGGACAAGAGAGCCACCAUGGUGAUUUUGCCAUUCCAUAAGCAAUGGGCCAUAGAUGGCUCCAUUGGGUCAGUUAACAGAGCAUUCCGGGGUAUGAACGUCAAGGUCCUCGAAUCCGCGCCGUGCUCUGUCGGAAUCCUCAUCGAUCGCGGCAUCCUAAGCGGCUCGAUAUCGCUUCUAACCGGUCGUCCGUUAUACCAUGUUGCUGUAAUCUACAUUGGCGGUGCAGAUGACGCAGAAUCACUAGCCUACGGUUCUCGCAUGGCCAAGGAAGAAAGCGUCGAUCUCACAGUCGUCCAGUUCCUCCUCUUCGGAGCCGAAAAUACUAAAGACAGGAAACGUGACAGUGACUUGAUUGAUGAAUACCGGCAUGCUAAUGCAGGAAAUGAACGAUUUGUGAUUAUAGAAGAGGUGGUAAGAGAUGGGUCAGAUCUUGCUUCAUCUAUAAAAGAGAUGGUAGAUUGCUUUGACUUGAUAGUAACAGGGAAGGACCACCCAGCAUCCUCUCUUCUUACAGGACUUGGUGCUUGGAGCGAGUGCCCGGAGCUCGGAAUCAUCGGCGAUAUGCUUGCUUCGCCAGACAUUGGCAGCACAGCAUCAGCGUUGGUGGUCCAACAACAAAGAUUAGGAGGCAAGUUAAUAAAUCGCACCACGCAGCCUGCGGUCGGUGAUAGAGACCAACUCAUUCACGAUGUCGCUUAUGAUGAACCAUCAAGAGGAUCCUGGUCUAUUUCAAUGGGAAGAAGCUAAAUAUAACGGUUGAGGUUCCAGAUUUUCCCUGUAAAUUAAGGAUAUAUACUUGUAA